UUACCAUUUAACCCUUACUGGAACAGUGGUACAAAAAUUGUACCACCUUUUCCCGAACAAGCGCAGCACAGUGGUCCAUAUAACAUACCACUCAUUUUAUCGCAAAUUUGAUACGGCACGGAAGCUUUAAAAGUAUACCACCUAAUGCAUCGCGUGCAUAUAUGCAUAAUACGCAUAUCUUGUGCGCAAACGUAAACAUCCCUUUUAUCAAACGUUAGUUUCUGCGACGCAUUUGCAGGAUAGUACACGUUUAUAUGCAAACCAAUUUUUUUGUGAACAAGUACCGUCUUUUUUUCAUUUGAAUUUAUUUGUUGAGUGUGUUUAUCCUAUAAGCUUCAAGAAUAGUUUUCAUCAAGUAAGUAUAUUUAAAUUUUCUCAAUAUUUUGUCUAGAAUGUAGUGGUACUUUAUAUGUACCACUGCGCCGUACGUAUAUAAGGGUUGGUCAUGAACUAUUAUUCCAGAUACAAUGGAAUAUUUGCCAUUCACAUUGAAAGGACUAACCCAUGCUGAGCUUAUGGAGGAAUAGUAUUUUUUUCCAUUUUGUAGAUGUUGCCGUCGUGAAAUCUUAUAUUUUAUAUCUCUUGAGCGGCGAAGAAAUCACACAUAAAGAUUUUAGGAGAAGAGUUAUAGAUGGAUUAGUAGCAGAGAUGAUUGUCUCAUUAAAAAGAAAACGAGACAACAGUCCAUUAGAAAUUAAGAAGCAUAAACCGCAAGUAUCCAUAGAAGUCAGACUUGACAGUUCAGCACAUCAACCUGGAAGAGGCACCAGAAGAAGAUGCGCAGUAUGCAGCACAAAAAUUAAUCAAGUGAGAACUGAAUGGACCUGUACAAUUUGUAAAGUUCCUUUGUGUUUGUCCAAAACGAGAACAUGCUUCCAGGAUUUCCACUCAAAGGCAUAGUGGUACACUAUAUGUACCACCUCCUAUAGGGUCCCACGAUUUUUUUGGAAAAAAAUUUACAUUGAUUUUUCAUUAUAUAUUCAUAUUUCUUCCUAAAUAAAUACAAAAACAUAAGUAAUUAUGAACUUUUAUUUGUUGUGCCACCCGUGCAAAAUAUCUUCGCUGAUCUCUGUGCCAAUAAGG